AUGUUUGUGUCAAAGCCCAACACUCGUUUGCUUUAUGUUGAUGACUGCCUAUCAACCUCCUACGUUCAAACCUGUGAAUCUACAAUUGAGAGAGGUUUCGCUUAUUUGGAUUCUCUUACGUCCAACAACGCUUUCAGGAUAGAGCGUGAAGAGUGGGAGGAGCCUGAUAAUAUCCAGGGUAAACCCUGGUAUAGGGUAGUCAUAAAUGGUACAGGCCUCGCUUUGUCAAAGUUUACAGUUGAACAAAGCAAGCUGCUUGCGGUUGCUGCUGCCAUCGCCACUCGCUGGUGUUAUCGCCACCACCGUCGCCCUUCACUGCGAAAAUUCGGGGCUGUUCAUUUUCUUCUCUUGCCUGCAAUAUGUGUCCAGAAGCCCCUCCUUGAAUUUCAAAGAGCGAAGCUGAAGUUUGAGGCAGAAUUGCAGCAGGAAGCAGAAAAUGGGGAUUUCACCUACAGCAUUGUGAGGCCGACGGCUUUCUUCAUGAGUUUAGGUGGGCAGGUUGAGUUGGUAAAGGAUGGGAAGCCAUAUGUAAUGUUCGGAGAUGGCAAACUAUGCACCUGUAAACCCAUCAGCGAAGAGGAUUUGGCCUCUUUCAUUGCUGACUGCAUCUCUUGUGAAGAUAAAAUUAACAAGAUUCUCCCAAUUGGUGGACCAGGAAAGGCAUUAACACCACUUGAGCAGGGAGAAUUGUUGUUCAAACUUUUGGGCAAGGAACCCAAGUUUCUGAAAGUUCCAAUAGGAAUGAUGGACUUUGUAAUCGGCAUUCUUGAUUUUUUGGUUAAAUUCUUCUUUUCUCUGGGAGAUGCUGCAGAAUUUAGAAAAAUUGGAAGGUAUUAUGCUGCAGAAAGUAUGUUGGUGCUUAACCCAGAAGAUGAAUGA